AUCAUAAACAGAUGACAGGAAAAGGCUGCAGUCAGCUGAUCCCUCCACAUUUCGGAGCUUCUUGUCCAAGGUCUCUGUGGGGUUUCAAUUGCAUAAUUCUUCUCCCGCCAAAACAGAUGCUUCACCUCCCCACUGCAACGUCCACUCCACUCCCACCUCUUAUUCCAUCUCUUCCACACCUACCCAGAAGGGCCGCUUCUUCUAAUCCCCCUUCUUUCUCACCACACCCAUGUCCUCACAGAAACAUUCUCGCCGAAAAAACAUCUGGGUAUCGGAGAAUUUUCGUGGGUAGAAGUUCUUCUUCUUUGGGUUCGCAUGGUUCUCCUUUGGCGCACGACGAGUUCGGUGACGAAUUGGGCCGCCUCUUGGCGCUGUUGCCCGACGGGAUGCGGCGGCGGCUUACCGAGCACCCGGAACUUCACCGGUUGACUGAAGUAGUAAUGGAUUUGGGUCGGAAGCCAUUGGCUCGGUUUCCUUCGGGCGACUUUGUUUUGUUGGAUUGUCCGAUUACGUUCCAGGAUCUUGAACAUGCUAUUUCCAGGGUUGGUGACUUUGCAAUUGACAAUCGGGCAGGCAUUAGUAGGACUUUACAUCGCAUUAGUGCCAUCCGAAAUCGGAAGGGUGCAAUUAUUGGCUUAACUUGUCGAGUUGGUCGGGCAAUAUCAGGAAGUGCUAACUUGUUGCGAGAUAUGGUUCGAUCUGGGGUUUCAUUAUUGUUAAUUGGACCUCCAGGAGUAGGAAAAACCACAAUAAUCAGGGAAAUUGCACGGAUGCUUGCCAAUGAUUACAAGAAACGGGUUAUGAUCGUUGACACCUCAAAUGAGAUAGGUGGGGAUGGUGAUAUUCCUCAUGCAGGAAUAGGUACUGCUCGUCGGAUGCAAGUCCCUAACUCUGAUAUGCAGCAUAAGGUUUUGAUAGAAGCAGUUGAAAAUCAUAUGCCUCAAGUGAUAGUAAUUGAUGAAAUUGGCACAAAACUCGAAGCAAUGGCUGCAAGCACAAUUGCACAACGCGGAAUUCAGCUGGUUGCCACUGCGCAUGGAGUAACAAUAGAGAAUUUAGUAAUGAACCCUUCACUAGAUAUACUUAUUGGAGGAAUACAGAGUGUGACUCUUGGGGAUGACGAAGCAAGUAGGCGAGGUGUUCAGAAGACAGUGUUAGAGCGGAAGGGACCAUCAACAUUUUGUUGUGGUGUGGAGAUAGUCUCAAAAAAUGAGUUGCGAGUUCAUCAUAGCUUAGAAGCAACAGUGGAUGCAAUUCUUUCAGGUCGAUACCCAUUUGUUGAAGUUCGCAAGAUAAAGUCGGAAGGACUGGAAGAAACUGUACAAAGGAAACCUCUCAUACAGAGUCCUUUAGAACAAAAAAAUGAAAAAAUUACGGCUAAUGGCAUGCAAGAGACUGUUAAUGAAAAGACUGACCCCGAUAAAUUGAUGUCUGAGUUUCCUUCAUCCACGGGGGAGAGUUCUUGUGAAAAUGGGGCACCUCUACACCUAUUUGUUUAUGGGAUCCUCGAGGCAAGUGUGAUACAGGGCCUUAAACAGUUGAAAUUGGAUGCUGCGGUUCAAUUAACUAAUAAUAUCAGUGAAGCAGAUGCACUACUAGCCUUACAAGCCAGGCUCAAGAAGAAUUCUGGCAUCCAAGCCGCUGCUAAGUCUCAUGACAUACCCAUUUACGUGACAAAGACAAGCUCAUUGGUCCAGAUAAUGAAGGCUGUACAAUCAUUUGUGAGUGAUCACGCUGAUGAGUUGAAGGAUCCCAAAUCAGAAGAUAAGUUGAAUUUAUCAGAGAAGAUUGAUGCUCUAGAGGAGGCAAGAAUAGCUAUUGAGCAAGCAGUGAUUCCGAAAGGAGAACCUGUGGAGCUUCUUCCAAGGCCACCCCAUCUUCUAUCCCUUCAGAUGGACCUCAUUCAGAAGUAUCAGCUACAUUCAGAGAUAAUUGGUAGAGAGCUGGACACACGGAUAUGCAUCCUCCCGUUCCAGACUAGAGCUGAUAAGGACCAGCCUGCUACUGAAACAUUUGAGGCAAACCAUGGGAUUGUUGACACAAGAAGCCUCAAUGGUGGCACAACUGGUUUGCCCUACAGUGUCAACAGAUUGCCUCUCCUCCCUGAGUGACCAGUGUGUGUAUGUGUGUGUAUGGAGCAGCCUCAUGGAUCAUUGUUAUAUUGGAGUUGCAUGCUGUCCUCCAUUGAUUUUGUAAGCUUCCCAGAUGAGUAAUGCCUGUAACCUUACGAUGGCAAGCUGGUAGCUGCUAAUUGAGAUGUUACUACAAGCCAAGCAAGUGGAACAUGAUCGAGUUGCCAUUCAACCAUCCUCUGAGGUAUGUAAAAAUUUACAUCCUGUGGGUUUGUUGGCUGCAAAAUGGAAAUGCAGAAAUGUAGUUUGGUGAAAGAUGAAUAAUUUCCCUUAAUUUUCUCACUUGUAACAGCAGUUUGGCGAAGCAGUACUGGAAAUAAUGCAAAUCAGCACUUCCACAAUGCACAUGGGCUGCGCCACCAUUUAUAUGAAUGUUCUGUGAAGAGAAACUUUUUUUCUUUAUUAAAUCCGAAGAAAUUGCGUUUGUGCAUCCCUGCGUGUUUGCAUGAAUGAGAUUUUUUCUUUUUCACUUGUGGGUUGAGUCCCAUUUGGUAGCAGAGCCAAAACUUUAUGGGAUGAGAGGCCAAAAAAAAUUAUGAAACUUCUGUAAGGCAUAAUGUUUUGUACUAUCACUCUUUUUUUUUUGGCAACUUGAUGUGCCAAUUAGCUUAUAUUUUUAGAUUAAGACCAAUUUCGUGUUAAAAAUUUCAAUCUUACAAUAUUUAUGUGAUAAGAAAUUUCAGUA